UUCAGCACUAAAAAAGCAUUUUAGCAGUUUAGAAUUUGUUUUAGUAGAGAGUAAUUUGGUGCUGAAAUUAAAAAGCAAUAAAAUGUGUUAAUAAUAUGCGUCGAUCUGAUACUCAAAAUUCGGAUGAUUCUCAAGCUGAAUCGGACUUGUCUGCAGCUUUUGGACCUGGCGCUAUGGCGCGUUGCUCAACGACUCGCAAGCAACAAAAUAAUGUGAACGAAGGGGAAGACAUCAAUCCUGAAUACCCAGCGAAUCCUCCAACAAGGGAAGCUCUGUUACCGAUUCUGCCAAGUUCACAGCCAUCACCAAGACCAACACCGAAUCCAAAUCGCCGCAAACAAAUGAAUCCUUUCCGGCGAGCCCAGAAGUUCAGACGCGAAGUCCGCCAACUGCAGCGUUCGCCAAAUUUUAUGAUCCCCCGCCUAUCCUUUGGCCGCGUUGUCCGCGAAAUUAUGCUAAAUAAGACCCAUUGUGAAGCUCUCAGUCGCAUAACUAUUGGCGCCUUGGAGGCGCUGCAAACGGCUACAGAGAUGUUUUUGACUCAACGCUUUCAGGACUCCUAUAUGAUGACUAUGCAUCGACAGCGGGUGACACUGGAGCUGCGCGACAUGGCCCUAAUGGCAUUCAUAUGCAAGCAGCAUGGACUACUAUAAACAGAAAACUCGAUUUGGAGUACCCUCUUGUCAUUGUAAAUGGAAAAUAAAGUCUGUAUAAGCGACAGAGAGAAGCAGAUUUAUGUUCCUAUACAAGAAGUGGAGCUAAACCUUGCUGGCGAAGUCCGCCUGUGUAUAAUACCAAAUGUUCAUAUGUUUGUGAUUUUGAUAUUUGGGCUUAAGCAUUAAGUGAUAAGUGAUAAGCAUAUAUUGCAUGCAAAGACAAUAUGCAUUAUAUUUCAGCAGCAGCCCGUCAGACUAAUCAUUCUUAGU